UACUGUCGCUAGUUUCACACUACUGGAAAAACUGUUUGUUUUGGUUCUUCUCUGGUGGGCUACCGCUGUAACAUCUCUGCUCAACCUAACUCAUCUUUGAAGCUAGGCGAUUACGUGAGUCCACUUUGUGAUAGCUGGUGUCCGAAACAGAAGCUGUGUCGUUCUGUAAAAAAGCAAUCUAGCUACAACAUGGACGCUGACGGGACAGCAAAAUUAUCCAAAAACGUCCUACGGAUGAAGUUUAUGCAGCGGAGCCUUGAUCCAGAUGCAAAGAAACAACUGGAAGAAGAUGAGAAGAGAGUCAUCAGUGAUGAGCACUGGUUUUUGGACCUUCCAGAACUUAUGGCAAAUGAGAAUAUCCUUCUCAUGGAAAGAAGUUUUGUAUCCUGUGAGGAUUUGGUGUUUGGGAGAAUUUCACUCAAGGGUUUCAAUCCUGAGGUUGAGAAAUUGAUGAGUGCAAGAAGUCAGAACGUUAAUGCUGAAGAGGACAUGUCCAAAAUGGACACCGAUAUAACUGAUGAAGAAAUGGCAACAAGGUAUGCAGAUUUAGUCGACAGCAUAAAAAAGAAAUUUGCCAUGAAACGUGGGCAUUCAGUGUUGGAGGAUGAUGUUAGUCCAGAGGAAAAAACAAAGAGAGCCUUUCAGAAGCCAAAGGAUUGAGAUGACAUCUGAAAUUUUUGAUGUGUUAUAUUAUCAAACAUUACCAUAUUUGCCUUUUUAUAAGUGUGGCCAUUUUAUUUCUGUGGGCCUGUUUUGUUAUUAAAUUGUUUGUUUGUUUUUGUCUAAUAAAAACCCCCACAUAACUCAUAA